AUCUGAGGUGCCAUUGGGAAUUUCAAGCUUCUGGUGGAUUCAUUGUCAUCCGCAUCCUGGAUUUCACGACUGAGAAUUCAUACGACGAUGUGACCAUUGCAGGUCCAGGAUUAGAGCUCGGGGAUGUUGCUGAAAAUCCGGGAAACCUAUUGCGUAUUACCGGAACAACAACUAUUUCCACGGUAUUUGCACUGCUUCCCAUCAUCAACGUAACAUUGAAGACGGACACAUCAAUUGCAAAAAGGGGUUUCCAAAUGGAGGUCGAGGUAUUUGAUAUUUCAUCACCGAGCGAGUGUUCAGGGGAACUUGAUCUCCUAUGUGAGAAUUCAACCUUCUGCGUUACACCCGAAGCCGUUUGUAAUGGCUUCAAGGACUGUCCCUACGGAUUUGAUGAACAACGAUGCUACACAGUUAGUUGUCCGGCAUUUUUCCAGUGCAGUAGAAGCAAAGAGUGUAUUUUGUGGGAGGAGGUCUGUGAUGGCACCGCCCAUUGCUUACUUGGAGAUGAUGAAAUCAAUUGUGAUGUGAACCGUUGCCCUGACGAGUGUAGCUGCUAUUACAAAGGUGACGCCCUCUAUGUCAGCUGUCGAUCAGGAUGGACAAGUGGUACACUAAAUGAAAUGGCUGCCACUACCGAUGUGCUGGAGCUAACUGGUGGAUCUGUCAGCUCACUGGAAUCAGGCCAUUUUAAACGGUUUUUCAAGCUUCAAGCAUUGUACCUUGCGGACAACCAUAUAGAAAAUAUACCACCGCUGUCUUUUGACGGAUUACAGAAACUUCUUUGGUUGAAUAUUUCACAGAAUGACGUCACUUCGUUACAAGAAGAUGCCUUCAAAGAGCUGGGAAUGUUACAGGGACUUGUCAUAUCAAACGUUCCGGUGGCAAGUAUUGAGGAAUCAGCAUUCAGUGGACUAAAGGAACUCCAAACGUUGGUGCUGAUUCGGGGAAAGCACCCGCAGGCACAGGAUAAGCCAAUUGAUAUCCACCCUAAAGCUGUCCUGGACCUAACCAAGCUUCAAACAUUAUAUCUGGAUGACUACCGUUUGUGCUGCGAAUUCAACAAACUGGAAUCAUUCGACCCAGCUAACUGUUUCACUACUGAACAGCAAUCGCCUCUCUUCAACUGUGGAAGUCUCAUGCAGAACACAUUCCUCCGAGCCUCCAUGUGGUUCCUUGGACUGAGCGCCCUGAUUGGUAACUUUGGGGUGGUAAUUUGGCGAUAUUGGACAUCAAUGAAGACGAACCUCGGUCGGGGCACCAAAUACGUCCAUAACUUUCUCGUCCUGAACUUGGCUGUCUCCGACUUUCUCAUGGGGAUCUACAUGGUAAUAAUUGCCACAGCAGAUGUCACCUUCGGGGAAUUGUAUUACACAGUCGCGUCAACCUGGAGGCUUAGUGCCAUCUGUAAGAUUGCUGGCAUCAUUUCGGUUUUAUCCAGCGAGGCAAGUGUGUUCUUCAUCACACUCAUCAGUGUAGAUCGGUUCUUGUGUGUUGUUUUUCCUCAUGGUAGUGUUCGAUUGGUCAGGCCAACUGCUCGAGGAGCUGCUGUAAUAAUUUGGUUUUUGGCUUUCAUUCUCAGUAGCCUUCCUACCAUUUUGAUUGGCUCGGACGUAGAUUCAGAUGUUUAUGGUCUGUCCGAUGUCUGCAUCGGCCUUCCACUCAUCACCAAACCCGACAGCUACAAACUGAAGGAGGGCGACGUCAGUAACCCAUUUGGUAGUCAAAGUUUCAAGAUUCCUGUGGCGCAAGACCACAGGCCGGCUUGGGUGUACUCCAUCGUUCUCUUUCUGGGCGUUAACUUGCUCUGUUUCCUUGUUGUUGCCCUCUGUUAUCUUAUCAUCUUCAUAAAGGUCAGGCAAUCCUAUCAACGAGUAAAGGGUUCGCGAAUCCGGGGCUCGGGUACUCUUCAUCAAUCCAACAAAGAGGAGAUGAACAUGGCGCUCCGGAUGGCUGUCAUCGUGGGGACUGAUUUCUGUUGUUGGAUGCCUGUUAUCAUCAUGGGUCUUCUCUCACAGACUGGUGCCGUCACUAUUCAGCCUCACAUGUACGCCUGGACUGUAGUCUUUGUUCUUCCCAUCAACUCAUCAAUUAAUCCAUACCUCUACACAAUCUUCAGUGUCAUUUCGGCCCGAAUCUCGACCAAUGACAGCCAUAGUUCCGCGAAAGCCACUAGGCUCAGCGAACCAACGCCGAAAACCAAGGAUGACAUCGUGACCUGCGCCUCUGCAGAUUCCUGUCCUGAGAGUGACACACAUUUGUGAUUUCCCACUGAAAGAUUACGCAAGAAUCCUCUCCAGUGCUGAUUUGCUUCCUCUAUUGAAAAUCAAUUGCAGAUCAAAAUUACGUAUUGCUUACCGUUGGCACAAACUCGCUCAGAUGGUAGACUUACGUUGGAAUUCAAAGACAACCCCGAUCCUUUGAAUAGAUCUUCGGCUCCAGGAUAUGAUCCUUAUUCCUACUGUCCUUAAUUACUGCUAAUUAAUGAGAUGUCUCUCAACGUCUCCUUAAUUAGCAGGGAAAAACUCUGCUGUUAUUAGCAAGAGACUUAGGUUUUAGGUUUAUUCUAAAAAGUUAUUCAGAUUUAGGUUUAUUCUAAAACGUUACUGUAACUUGCCAUUAGAUUUCGUAAUUUACUGGAGCAAACAAAAUGGAUUUACGUUGCUCAUCCCAGUUCUGUGACAAAGGAUACUUUUCAAAAGCCACCUGCGUUUCGUAUUUGCCUCCUUUUCUCCAGUAAUUCGUGUAUUUCAAUAAGCCUAUCUAAGGGCUUUGCAUGUCUCUUGUUUUUUUUGUAUUCAAACUCCCGGGUUAUUUACUCAGCGUUGCAUAUGUAUAGUUCAAUAGGCAUCCACGUGGUUAUUUUUAUGUUGUACACAUACGUAAAACCCUCGUAUGAGUGGGGUCUGGUAGCUUCAAUGGGUUGACUCGGGUUAGGUCGUAAAUCCACAGUCUCGCCUCCCUUGUUUGACACGCAGCACUUAAAAUUCAGCUUAGGUCUCGACUGCACCCAAUAGUGGGCCUGUAGAGAAAUGAUUUACUUUGGCGUAGUUGGGGGCAGGUUUUGCGUCGCUGUGCAUGUGUUACGUUCUUUAUGGUGAAGUCACGCUACGGGUCAGUAAUAAGCGAAACUCGCCUGAUGUUGUAUCAUUCGUUUCCACCAUCCGUCAGGUUCAUACUUUUAUUGUAAGUUAUGUAUUGCUUUUUCAGAUUAGUUACAUUUUUGACAAGCAUUCUUGACUUUCCUUUUUGGCAUUUGGUGUGGACCACAAUUAAAGCGCAUUAAAUAGCAUUUGUGCUACACGUUAUGAUAGUGCUAUUUGGAGAAAGUGCUGGAGUAUUUCAUGAUAUUGUUGUAAUAUUUGUGCAACCGGAGUCCCGUGCGAAAAUUGGCAAACGUCCUGUGUUGGCUUGCGGUACAAUUGAGAUAUUUUUCAGUACUUCUAUGUGUUUUGCAACUAAGAUGGAUCAUUGUACGGUAUAGUUGUAUCCAGUAGUUCUUUUGGCUAAUAUAAAUCUAAACCAGCAGGUGCUGUUUAUCAUGCAACUCCGAAUGCGUUCCAACAUAUCUUAUAUGACCUGUUCUAGUUAAUAUUCGCGUGUCAGUGUUCGAGUAUUAUUUUACAUUUACAUAUCCAUUUUUGUCAAUCCUUGCCUCGGGGUAAAAUAGUACACAGUUGUUAUUAGCGUUUAUGAAGGUGUUUUCAAAGAGAAAAUCUUAUUUUAAUUACGUCCAAGCAAUACAUUCGUGUUACAUGCAAAUACAUUCCGGAGAAAUUUAAUCAGUGUUGAAUUACCUUGAACACAAGACUGGAUGAUUCAAUACAAAUUAAUAAUGUAUCAAGCAUUGACAAAACGGCAGCGGGGUGGUUCGUGCACGCGACUAAAUUCACGCUCCUGUAAAUCUGACAGCCAAGCUCACAUCAAUUAAAUGGAUGAAUUUAAAGUUAAUGUACCUUUUAUUUAGCUUUCUGUUGUCGCAAAUAACCUACAGUUUCUGCUACCUACCCUGACCACACUGCUCGUGUGGGCGGGUAUAAAUGAUGGGUGGGAGGUGAUCUAAAACACCCCAUCUCAGAACCGUGACACCUGUCACCGUCAUUGCCACAUCAAAAUCAACUUCCUGAGCGACAAAUAUAAGCAAAUGGAUCACGUG